AUGUCAUUUGACUGGGAAGCACGUACCAAAGUACUUGCAAAGCUCCCCAAGCAAGAACGCCUCACCAGAUCCGAGGCUCAGGAGAUGGCUCGUCAGAUCCAGACGUGGGCAGAAUACGCCCAGGGCGCCAUCAAGAAGGCUCAGAAACGAAUAGUUGAUCACGUCUAUAUCAUCAAGAAGACAAGAACCAUGACGGACCGCACCAGUGAUAAGCUCGACUAUCCGAUGACUCUUGUAGCUAUCCGAUCAGUGGCGAGGCUCGAGUGGUUCCACGCUGAUCGUCUGCGCAAGUACGCGAAUAACCCGGUGCCGGGUCAAGCCCCUGACGAACCUGACAGCGUGAUCGUUGAUCCUAACCUUGGAGAAGAGGAAUGGGAGCUCACGAGUGUCCUUACCUCGCGGCUUCACUACAACAAGCUUCAAUACCAAAUCCUCUGGAAAGGAUGGGACCCUGAUGGGCUUUGGUGCCCUGCUAGCGACUUCAAGAAUUCAGCGGAACUUCUGAAGGCUUAUCAUGACGAGUACCCCGAUGCUGCUAGCCCGCCGGCACGUCUCGAACACUGGCUUCAGGCGGCUCAGAGUGACGAGUUCAACCCACCGCAUCCUGACGAUGACAAGCCGGCCAGGAUAACGAGAUCAGGAAUGCGUCGUCGCGGCUGA